AUGGAUUACAGCUCACUCAGCGGAGUCCCUCGGUUCCUGACCCGGCCUAAGGCUUUCAUGGUGUCUGUGGGGAAGGAUGCCACCUUGAGCUGCCAGAUCAUUGGAAACCCCAUCCCAGUUGUGAGCUGGGAAAAGGAUAAACUUCCAGUCCAGUCUGGAGGAAGGUUUAAAACCACAGAGGAUGGGGAUCUCUAUCGGCUAACAAUCUAUGAUCUGAGCCUGGAGGACAGUGGCCAAUACAUCUGCAGGGCCAAAAACACCAUUGGGGAAGCUUUUGCAGCUGUCAGCAUCAAAGUGGGAGAGGAGACCACAGUAACAGAGUCAGCCCCUUACUUCAUCCAGAAACCUUCCAACAUCAAAGUAACCUUGGGAGAAGAUGCCAUGUUCAAAUGUAAAGUCCAGGGCAGCCCUCCCCUCUCGGUGAACUGGGAGAAGGAUGGGCGAUACUUGCGGAACAAGGCAGAUGCUGGACGCUUCCAGAUUGAAUCUGCUGGGGAGUCAAAUGCUCUCACCAUCCAGUGUGCCCAGCUGGGGGACAGUGGCACCUACACCUGCCGGGCAGAGAACCUCAUUGGCUCUGCCAGCGCUUCGGCCGCACUGGUGGUGGAAACACACGGCUCUUCCAACCCAGGCAGUGGCAGCAACUUUGAUGCCAGCUGUGGCAAGACAGCUUCCUUGUUGUCCCACUUGCAAAAGAGGCGGGAGGAGAUGAGGAAGAUGGACAUCUCCCAUGGGACUCUUGACUCAACAUCUGCCCAGUCUUACUCUGCGGUAGAAGGGUUGUCUGGCAUUGGUUACAGCCUCUCCCGGGACUACGAGAGGGCAAUGGGACUUACUAAAGGGGCUCGGAAUGCCACUUUUGGGACACUGACACGCACGUGCAGUGUGACGGAGGGUAAACAUGCCAAGCUGAGCUGCUACGUGACAGGUGAGCCCAAGCCAGUGAUUGUGUGGAAGAAGGACAACGAGGUCAUUUCGGAAGGGCGGCGGCACGUCAUCUAUGAGGAUGAUCAGGAGAACUUUGUGUUGAAGAUCCUCUUCUGCAAGCAGAUAGACAAUGGCCUAUACACCUGCACGGCUUCUAACCUGGCAGGCCAGACGUACAGUUCUGUGCUUGUCACUGUCAAAGAGCCCUCCAUACCAUUCAAGGAAAAACUGAAGGAUCUUGAAGUGAGGGAAAAGGAAUCUGCCACCUUCCAAUGUGAAGUACCUGUUCCUGGGACAGAGACAGCUUGGUUCAAGGAGGAAACCAAACUCCGGCAGAGCAAGAAGUACAACAUUGAAGAAGAGGGCACGUACCGCCGGCUCACUGUCCAGAAUGUCACUGCAGAUGAUGAUGCUGUUUAUAUCUGUGAGAUGAAAGAAGGGAGCAGGACCAUUGCAGAGUUGUCUGUCCAAGGGAACAUCAUUAAAAAACUUCCACGCAAGACUGCAGUGUUCAUAAAUGACACAGCCAUCUUCUGUGUGGAGCUGGACAAUGAUUGCCAGAACAUCCGAUGGCUCAAAAAUAAAGAAGAAGUGAAACCCAGUGACCGAAUCUCCAUCACUUGCUCUGGCAAACAACACACCAUGACUAUCCGAGAGUGUAAGAUGGAGGAUGCUGGUGAGAUUGCCUUCCUGGCUGAUGAAAGCAGGACAACUACCCAGUUCACUGUGACCACACCCAAAAAACCUCCCACCCAACCCCCAGCUGACCCUGUGGUGAAAAAUAAAACAGAAACCUCAGUGACACUAGCAUGGUCCCCUCCAAAGAUGGAUCGUCCCAUUCCAGUUGAUGGCUACAUUGUGGAACGCAAGAAACUGACUGGCUUUACCUGGGUGAGGUGCCAUGAAUCCCAUGUCCCUGUCCCAGAACUCACAGUGAACAACCUGCCAGAAGAGGCUGACUAUCAGUUCAGAGUGUCUGCAGUCAAUGCCUAUGGACAGAGCCCCUACCUGGAAUUCCCAGGGAGCAUGCACCUCGAACCAGUCCUGGCUGUGAAAACCCCCAUGACAACAGCUGAAGUGAUACCUGGAGGGGAUGCCCUGUUUACUGUUGACCUUACCAAGACAUGUUCUGGCAUGUGGUACCUUAAUGGCAAAGCCAUACAGGAAAGUGAGACCUACAUCAUUAAGAGAACCCAAACCACUCAUACCCUAAUCAUAAAGAGUGUCAGCAAGAAAGAUGAUGGAGCAGAAGUGAAAUUUGUUGCCGAUAAUGUUGACACCAGCACCAAGAUGAGAGUGAAAGGUGCUGCAGUGAGAUUUACCAACAAGAGCAAAGAUGUAGAAAAAAUCUCUGCUCGGCUGCGGGAGGAAGCCAAACUCCAGGCUGAGCUGUCAGACACAGAGGUCACUGUGAAGUGGAUGAAAGAUGGGAAAGAGCUCAAGGCCAGUGAAAAAUAUGAACUUCAAACUGUGGGGAAAAGGCACAUCCUGAAAAUCCUGAACACUGCAUCAGAGGAUGCUGGAGUUUAUGAGUGCAUCUGUGAAGGGGAUAAGAUGCUCUAUCAGCUUUCAGUGAAAGCACUUGCAAACUUUAUAAACAAAGAGAAAAGUGGAGGACUUAUCAAAGUCAUCGCUGGAAAACAGGCUGAAUUUGUUUCUGAGACCUCUGAGGCCAACAUCAUGGUUAAGUGGUACAAAGAUGGGAAAGAAAUCACAGCCAGCAAGAAAUUCACCAUGGAAGAUAAAGGCAAACUGCAUAAGCUUGUGGCUUCAGCUGUGACCAAAGAAGAUGAAGGAACUUACACAUGCAAAAUUGGAGAUGACACUCUUGUUUUUGAUUUAAAAGUCUCAGAUGAAGCUGUUAACUUUGUCAACAAGCCCAAAACCACUCCAGAAAUAUCAGUCAGUCCAUCUGAAAGCCUUGAGCUGGUGUGUGAGGUGUCAGCUGCAAGUGGGGCUGUGGUAUGGAAGAAGGAUCAAACUGAGGUGAAGCAGGACCAGAGGACAACAGUUGUCUCCCAGGGGACACAGCGCAAGCUCAUCAUCAAGAAGGUGACACAGCAAGACCAAGGGAGUUAUACCUGUGAAACAAAGGAUGACAGAACCACAUUCCAAGUCAAAGUCAGAGAGACAGAUGUGUUUACAAACAAGGACAAGGUACAAAAGGAGGUGAAGGCUGUCCUGACACAAAAUGCCACUCUAAGCUGUGAGGUGGCCCUGGAGAAGACCGAAGUGAAAUGGUACAAGGAUGGGAAACUGAUCACCUCCAGCACAAAGUUCAAGGUGGAGUCAGAGGGUAAAUCUCGUUGCCUGGUGGUGGGUCAGUUGGAGAAGAAAGAUGCUGGGGAAUACACCUGUGAGGCUUCUGGCCAGAAACUGACCUUCAAGAUUGUUGUCACAGAAGCAGAGGAUGCAUUUAUCAACAAGGACAAAGUGCAGAAAGAGGUGAAAGCUGCACUCUCAGAAAAUGCCACACUGAACUGUGAGGUGGCCCAAGAGAAGACUGAUGUGAAAUGGUACAAGGAUGGGAAACUGAUCACCUCCAGCACAAAGUUCAAGGUGGAGUCAGAGGGUAAAUCUCGUUGCCUGGUGGUGGGUCAGUUGGAGAAGAAAGAUGCUGGGGAAUACACCUGUGAGGCUUCUGGCCAGAAACUGACCUUCAAGAUUGUUGUCACAGAAGCAGAGGAUGCAUUUAUCAACAAGGACAAAGUGCAGAAAGAGGUGAAAGCUGCACUCUCAGAAAAUGCCACACUGAACUGUGAGGUGGCCCAAGAGAAGACUGAUGUGAAAUGGUACAAGGAUGGGAAACUGAUCACCUCCAGCACAAAGUUCAAGGUGGAGUCGGAGGGCAAAUCGCGUCGCCUGGUGGUGGGUCAGUUGGAGAAGAAGGAUGCUGGGGAGGGGAGUACAGAGGCUGCUGGCCAGAAACUGACCUUCAAGAUCAAUGUCACAG